GACCAUACAGCACACACCUCUAUGCAGUUAUUAUCUAUGCUUCCGUCUUGUUCACCUCCCUCUACGACACCUCUCUCUCUUCCCCUAUGCGUCCAUGGUUGACAUUUCAGACAUAAAAUAUAUAGAACGAACUAAGACUGCUAAUCAGUCAAGCAAUGGCGAAGCCACACCUGAUGCCUCGGACAAGCCGAUAAAGCUUGGAGACUUCAGCAAGCUCUUCUCCGAGUUCCUCAAACCCGCUCCGCAUAGAAAUGACUCUGCUUCCGACCUGUCGGAAGAGAGCAGUUACAAUGAAGACGAAAGCUUCCCACGAAGCCUAGUCUCCUCCCGGGCCAGCAGGCUGCCACCAUCAGCCUCGGAACAUGCUUCUGAGCAAUCAGUACAUGAUGCCAGCCGGACGAUCCGUGCCCAAGAUGCCUCUGCCCAUCAACCACAGCCCAACUUCAUCAGAUAUAAUCUCCGACGUGACGUGCAGUCCAUCUUUGCGAACGGUUACAGUACCAGCGUUCCUUACGAGCCGGCGUCAUCAUCAUCGUCUUCAUCUUUUUCAGCGGCCUCGACGGCUGUAGAACACGGCGCAUCGUGCCAUACCUCCAUCUGCGGCAAGGGACAUCGGGUUGUCGAACAGUCAGUCUUCCUGACAAGCUCGCAUGCCGAAGACCCCAAGUGUUCGGCUCAAUCCAAAAUUGAUAAAUUCCCCAGUCGCAUGGGCGGGGAGCUAUCAUUGAUUGAAGAUAAACAUCAGUCGCUCAUGAUGGGUCUUGUCCCUUACCGCAUCCGAGACGCUGCCAUGGCAGAAAAACACCCCGACAUUACAUCCCAAGGCAUCCAUGUUUUCGUCGAUAUGUCCAACAUCGAUAUUGGGUACCAGACUACAUUAAAAGAGAGUCGAUCCAUUCACAAAAGCUCCCGUCUCUCGCCUUUGCCCCAUCUAAACUUACAGCUUCUGACCAAAAUUCUUAUCCGUGAUCGGCCAGUGGCAGCCCUUAAUGUGUGCUGUUCUACCCUCCCAGGGCGUUCAGAGCCUCGAUAUGUGCAGCAGCUGCGGGAGCUGGGGUACCACAUUGAUCUGAGAGAACGUAAAAGGGUUAACGACGGGCUUUUCUCUGCAAAGGCGCCCGAGACCCUUCGUUAUGUCGAGGAUCUUGUGGAUGAGACGCUACAAGUUCGCAUUGCCGAAUCCGUAAUGGAGCAUUUUCUUAAACCCGGCACAAUAGUCUUGGCUACCGGGGAUGCGAAGCCGUCUGUACACUCGGAUGGGUUUUUCUCAUAUAUGCAGCGUGCACUACGCAUGGGUUGGAAUGUCGAGGUCGUCUCUUGGAGGGGCAGUCUCUCCCUAAAAUGGACCGAUAGACAAUGGACAUCUCAAUGGAAUGGCAAGUUUCGCGUUAUCGAACUAGAUGAAUUCUUGGAGAUAUUAAAGUAGUAUACACAAAUAUAGUAGAACAUCAUGAUGGCUGCUCAUGAUGCGUAGCGCACGAAUUUUCCAUGUGUGCUAUAUAUUUUCAAAGUGUACAUUGUAAUCGUCUAUUUAAAAAGAGUGCAAUGAGGUUGACUGAAAGCAUGGUUGCAAAUGCAGUUACAAAGUUAACUCGUGUAUUCAGAAUGAAAGCGGGUUCGCCGCAAGAAAGACAUGUAGUAUACAAGCAACAUGAUGUACAAGUGGUAUCGUUUAUAUCCGCCGUUAAAG